CUGAUAUCAGACGACGAGUCGAUACUUGUGAAUCAGUCACCACAGAAAUCAUUAUCAUUGCCCACAACAGAGCAAUAGAUGAUGAAGUUGAGUUUAACGAGAAGCAGGAAAGACAUCGCCUUCAUGAACUCCUCCACCGUGACUAUGCAAAGUCUGUCUAUGGAUCCGCCGCGUCCUUGACAAGUCAUAGCAAGUCUGACCAUCACUCCAUGACUUCCUCUAUGGCGGCCAAGCGUGCGGAUGCAGCAGCAGAACUAGCAGUGAAGGAAACCAAUUAUGAGAUGAUGAUAGCCGAAGAGAGACAAAGGGAAGUGAUUCGAGAGUUAGAGGAACAACAGAGGAUAGCUCUAGAGGCACAAAGGUAUGAGUUGGAGCGACUGCAGGCAGAGAAGGAAGUGCGAGCAGCUAAGGCCAAGCUGAAUGUGUACAAUAAGGAGACAGAACAUAAAGCUGCUGACUGCAUCAACAUUGAAAAGGAUAAGGAAGCAACGAACGUGCCUGUAACUGCCGUCUCGCCAUCCCAUGUUGCAACACCCUCUCAUAAAGACAUUUCCUCACUGGCUCAGGUCUUUCAAGACAGCAUAGCCUUGAAUAGGCUCCCUGUUCCAGAGCCAUUCGUCUUCAAUGGUGAUCCAAUACGAUUCACUGAAUGGAAAGCAUCGUUUUCCUCGCUCAUUGACCAAAGAGCUAUCACUCCAGCUGAAAAACUCUAUUAUUUGAAGAAGUAUGUUGCCGGCCCAGCACGCCAGGUGCUAGAUGGCACCUUUUUCCGAAACGAUGAUGAAGCCUACCAGGAUGCCUGGAACAAGCUCACUCGUCGCUUCGGCCAGCCCUUUGCCAUUCAGAGAGCAUUCAGAGAGAAGCUUACCAAUUGGCCUAGGAUACAACCUAAAGAUGCCGAGGGACUCAGAAACUUCUCUGAUUUUCUAAAUGCCUGUCAAGAUGCCAUGCCUCAUGUCAAGGGUCUCGACAUAUUAAACGACUGCGAGGAAAACCAGAAGCUUGUCUAUAAACUACCAGACUGGGCAGCUUCACGCUGGAACCGACAAGCCACACGAAGCCUGAACGAUAGGCAAGAAUUCCCAAGUUUCAAGGACUUUGCAAUAUUUGUGUCAACUGAAGCUGAGAUUGCCUGCAAUCCAAUUACGUCGCUUUAUGCUCUUCGCUCAUCAGACUCUAACGCUGAAAAGAGAAAUCUCAGAGACACAAAGACAAACCAGGCCAGUGUUUACACCACUCAAGCAGCUACGGACAUCUUCAACAAAGGGUCAGAACAGAGAAAAACAUGUAUUCUCUGUCAAGAUAAUAGACACCAGCUUCAUGCGUGUCCCAAGUUUACAGAAAUGUUGUUGGUAGAGCGACGGAACUAUGUAAAGGAGAAGAAACUCUGCUACGGAUGCCUAAAAUUCGGCCACAGCGCAAAAAGCUGUCGUCAUCGCCACUGUUGCGACAACUGUAAAGGAAAACAUCCGACGGCCCUCCACGAUUACAACUAUGGGAAGGAGAAGUCUUCAUCAGAAGCAGCGACAAAUCAAAGAGCUGCUGCAACGUCGCUCAGUGUUGCAGGCGAAGGCUCAUCCUACACAUCGAUGGUGAUGCCAGUGUGGGUGUCAUCCAAAAACAACCCAACUGCUGAGAGACUUGUCUACGCUCUACUUGACACUCAAAGCGAUACAACAUUCAUCGACCAAGAAGUGAGUGACAGUCUAAAUGCUGACAAGUAUCCAGUGAAGUUGAAGCUGACGACCAUGAGUGGAAUGAACACGGUUCUCUCAAGUGAGAGUGUUUUCGGCCUCUGUGUAAGGGGAUACAGCUCUGCAAUUCAGUUUGAUCUCCCAGUUGCCUACUCAAAGGACUGCAUACCUGUAAACCGUGCUCAUAUUCCCACUUGUGAGACGGCUAAGCAAUGGAGUCACCUCAGAGAAAUAGCAGAAGAAAUCCAACCUCUGAAGGACUGUGAAAUAGGGCUCCUGAUAGGCUAUAACUGCUCUAGAGCCAUGGCACCAAGGCAGGUUAUUCUAGGAGGAGAUGAGGAACCUUAUGCUGUACGGACAGACUUAGGAUGGAGUAUUGUGGGGCGCUCAUCGCAAAGCUAUGAUCCGCCGAGCUCAAGUCGCCUGUGCCACAAAAUCUCCAUUAAAGUACUGCCUCCGGUAACUCCGGCCGACGCUAUUCGCAUUCUGGAAUCUGACUUCAAGGAUGAUAGUGAAGACAGCAAAACAGUGUCACAAGAUGACAUCACCUUCCUCAACAAGCUAAAUGAGGGCAUACAGAAAAACAAACAUGGCCAUUACCAAAUGCCUCUACCCUUCAAAAACAGACCCAGUAUGCCUGACAACAAAAACUCAGUCAUGAUACGCCUCAACCACCUCAAAAGAAAACUGCAGCGGGAUGAAAAGUAUAAGGAGCAGUAUGUCAAGUUCAUGGAGGAGAUCAUCGAAAGGGGAGAUGCAGAGCAGAUCGAAGACGGUGGGAGUGAAGGUGAGAGAUGGUACAUUCCCCAUCAUGGUGUUCGGCACGCAAAGAAGCCAGAUAAGCUUCGUGUAGUGUUCGAUUGCUCUGCCAGACACAAAGGAACCAGCUUGAACGACCAUCUCCUCUCAGGGCCUGACUUGCUGAACAACUUGAGCGGUGUUCUUAUCCGCUUCCGACGUUACCCUGUUGCUUUGAUGUGUGACAUUGAGAAAAUGUUCCAUCAAUUCCAUGUGGAUGAGGCUGAUCGCAACUACCUGCGCUUUCUUUGGUGGAAGCAAGGAGACUUGAACUCACCGCCCAGUGAGUUCCGUAUGAAGGUGCAUCUGUUCGGUGCAGCCUCCUCCCCUGGAUGUGCAAACUUCGGGAUGAAGCAUCUAGCUAAGGAGAAUGGCGACCUCUACCCUAAAGGCUCACAGUUUAUCAUGAGGGAUUUCUAUGUUGAUGAUGGCCUCACCAGUGCUGGCAGCACCGAAGAAGCUGUUCAGCUUGCCAGAGAAGCUCGUGAACUCUGUGCCAUGGGUGGACUCCGAUUACACAAAUUUGUGUCAAAUGAGAGAAAUGUCCUAGAAAGUAUACCGCCCUCUGAAAGAGCAAUCAAUGUGACGAAUAUGGACCUCACGUUCGAUGAACUGCCGCUUGAGAGAGCCCUGGGGAUUCAAUGGGAUGUGGAGUCCGACCAUUUUCGUCUCAGUGUCAGCCUCAAGGAUCAGCCGGCAACACGUCGCGGCAUUCUUUCUACAGUUGCCUCCUUGUAUGAUCCUCUCGGGUUCGUGGCGCCAGUUCUGCUCAAAGCGAAGAUCAUUCUUCAGGAGAUGUGUAGGCGAGGCACAGGCUGGGACGAUCCUCUCCCUGACGAGCUCCGUCCAAAAUGGGAAAAAUGGAGAGAUGAUCUAGCUCAGUUGGAUAAUGUCACUAUACCCCGCACUUACUCACCAGCUGGAUUUGGGAAGGUUUUGAAGACACAGCUGCAUCAUUUCUCAGAUGCUAGCUUGAAGGGUUAUGGUCAGUGUUCAUACUUGAGACUACAAAAUGAGGAGGGAGACGUUCACUGUGCCUUAGUUGUAGGAAAAUCACGCGUCUCGCCAUCAAAAGUUACAACUGUUCCAAGAUUGGAACUGACGGCUGCAGUUGUCUCUGUGAAGAUGAGCAACAUGCUCAAGGAGGAAUUUGGAUCAGCUGACACUGAGGAGGUCUUCUGGACCGACUCUAAGGUGGUCUUGGGAUACAUAAAAAACGAAGCACGACGAUUCCACACCUUUGUGGCUAACCGUGUUCAGAAGAUUCACCUCAGCUCAGACCCUCAACAAUGGAGAUAUGUUCCAACCAAUGAGAAUCCUGCUGACCAUGCUUCCAGGAGCUUGACUCCCAGCGAGCUUUUGUCAUCCACCUGGUUCACUGGACCCAAGUUCUUGUGGCACAAGGAAAUGAAGCCGCCGGCAGAUGAAAUUCCAGAGUUAAUAAUUGGAGACCCAGAGGUCAGAAGUGCUUUGGUACUUAACACAAGAACUACAGAGCAAGCGAGCCUUGUUGAUCGUUUAUCUAAGUUCUCAUCUUGGUCACUGGCUAUUCGAGCUGUUGCACGCCUUUUAAGGCGCAUCAGAAAGAACAGAUCAAACAACCUCACCACUGUAACAGAACGAGAAGAUGCAGAACAUUGCAUAAUCAAAGACCUGCAGAAAAACGUGUACCAAGAAGAGUUGAAACUGCUGAGCAAAGGGGUCCCCCUACCCUCUCACAAUUCACUACACUCUCUUGAUGCCUUCCUCGAUAAAGAUGGUGUCUUCAGGGUGGGAGGAAGGCUGUGCAACUCUUCUCUUCCCAACUCCAUCAAGCACCCUGCAAUCAUUCCCAAAGAUCAUCACAUUACAAAAAUGAUCAUUGCUCAUCACCAUGAAAGAAUCGAACAUCAAGGUAAAGGCCUCACCCUCAAUGAGAUCAGGUCCCACGGCUACUGGAUUCCAGGAAUCAACAGGGCAGUAGCAUCGCACAUUCGUCAAUGCGUCACCUGUAGACGGCACCGGAAACCAACGGAAGAGCAAAGGAUGGCUGAUCUACCCCCCGAACGCGUGGAACCAUCACCCCCCUUCACCUUCUGUGGAAUGGACUGCUUUGGUCCAUUCCUCACGAAGCAAGGAAGAAAGGAGAACAAGAGGUAUGGUCUACUUUUCACUUGCUUUAGCUCCCGUGCCAUUCAUAUUGAGAUGCUUGAUGGCAUGUCCACAGACGCCCUCAUCAAUGGCCUCCGAUGCUUCAUUGCUAUGCGUGGUGCUGUUCGUCAGAUCAAGUCCGAUCAAGGUAGCAACUUCGUUGGAGCCAAAAACGAACUUAAGGAAGCUCUAAAGGAAGUUGAUGCAGACCGGCUGGCUGUAUUCCUUGCUGAAAAACAAUGUGACUUUUGCAUGAAUGCACCUUAUUCAAGCCAUGUCGGAGGUGUUUGGGAGAGACAGAUUAGGACGGUGAGAAGCGUUCUAAGGUCCACGCUUGCUCUUUCCUCUGGAAGGCUAAAUGAUGCUUCACUGCAGGCUUUUCUCUAUGAAGCUAUGGCAAUCGUCAACAGUCGACCACUGACUGUUGACAACCUCAGUGAUCCUCAUAGUCUUGAGCCACUCACACCUAAUCAUCUUCUGACUAUGAAAACUGUCAGGGCCUUACCACCUCCAGGCGAGUUCGUCAGAGAGGACAUGUAUGGCAAGAAAAGGUGGCGACAUGUUCAAUACCUGGCAGAACAGUUUUGGAGUCGAUGGCGAAAGGAAUACCUGGCCAACAUCUCUCUCAGACAACGUUGGCAUGCACCGAAGAGAAAUCUUCAAGUUGGAGAUAUCGUAAUGAUGAAAGGAGAGGAUGCACACAGGAACGAGUGGAGAUUAGGUAGAGUUUUAGAAACUACUAUUGACAAAGACGGACUAGUAAGGAGAGUUAAGAUCUGCCUCGGUGACAGGAAUCUUGGCAAGAAAGGAGAGCGUCUCCAUAAGAUGUCUGAAGUCGAGCGCCCUGUCCAAAGGCUAGUCCUGCUAUUGGAGACUAAUUAAACUUGUUCUCUCUUUACAUAAUUUGUUUUUUGCACUUUCAUGAGGAAGGUCAUUUUUUUGUUAGAAAAUCAUUCGUGUUUAAUGUUAACUGUAUACUGUUCCAUUAGGGACUCAUGAUUGGUGGGAGUGUAAAUAAUUCUUAUGAAGGUCUGUUAAAAUAACCACUUUCUCCAUGCUUUUAUUUUGAUACUGUAUUUUGCCGUCAUGGGUCUUUUAUUUUGACGCAGGAAGUUUGAAUCUACAGUAGGUAACUUGACUUGAAGGAGAUCGCGCGAAAAGGUUAUUACGUGUAAUUACGGAAGGAAUUCAGGCUACAAACGGUUGCUCUGCAUAACAAUUUGUAGUAAUUAAUAAGUGCCUAGCUGGAAUGGGAACAAGCUCUUACGGUGUUUAUGAAGAAAGAUGUGAAGAAAGGAAUAUUUAUGCUCAAAACAAGGCUGACGGCUGAACGUAAAUAAAGGCUUCUGAAACAUCUGUAAGCUUCACCAUUGUCCGGCUGGGGUU